AUGUUACCUAUUGCUCGCAGCUCAGCUCGGCCCCUCGCCAGAGGCCUUGCCGCCGCCGCGUCCUCUCCGGCGCUAUUCGCUGCAAGACCCAAGUUUACACUCGUCACAGCUUUCGCGAGACCAAAAUCCACAAUGGCCGACCAGACUAUCGUGUACACUAAGGAAGCCCCCUUCCCCCUCGGCCCUUACUCUCAAGCCGUCAAGACUCCUACUGCCAUCUACUGCUCCGGCCAGAUCCCCCUUACUGCUGAUGGCACCCUGAUUGAAGGCACCAUCGCCGAGAAGACGAGAAAGUGCUGCGAGAACCUGGAUGCCGUUCUCAAGCAGGCUGGCUCUUCCCUGCCCAGAGUCGUCAAGACCACUAUUUUCAUCUCCGACAUGGAUCACUUUGCUGAGAUGAACGGAGAGUACGAGAAAUUCUUUUCUCACAAGCCUGCUCGAAGCUGCGUUGCAGUCAAGACGCUCCCCAAGGGCGUCGAUGUGGAAAUUGAGGCUAUUGCCCUGCCAUAG